AUGAAGUUUGUUAGCUCCGCUGGUUACAAGGCGGCAGCUGUGCUGCUGCUGGCCAUCAUCGUCGUUGCCGCUGGCAAGUCGGUCGAUAAGGUCCGUCGUCCGUUCCCUGGUAUCGAGCGGAUGGGAAGUCUUCUGGAUACGGUUCGCCCGCCGAAGGGAUACGUCUCAAAGAGUCCGCGUGCGGUCGAGGGUCGCUUCACGUCCCGUGUUAACCACUUUGACCCGCAAGACCGUAACACGUUCGAGUUUACCUAUCUGUACAACGACCAGUACUACCAAGAAGGAGGGCCACUGUUCCUGGUCGUCGGUGGACACUAUUCGAUCAAUCCGUACUUCAUGGAUAACAGCCACUUCCGCGACAUUGCCUCCCAGCAUGGAGCCAUGUUGGCGACCUUCGAGCACCGCUACUAUGGAAACAGUAUCCCAGUGGAGGAUUAUUCGACGGAGAAUCUACGUUUCCUGCGCACGGAGCAGGUCCUGUUCGAUCUGAUCGAGCUUGUUGACUUCUUGAAGCGCGAGGUCAUGAACGACCCGAAUGCGCGCGUCAUCCUUCACGGUGUGGCUUACGCUGGUACUCUCGCCUCAUGGGCUCGCCAGCGCUUCCCGAACAUCAUUGAUGGUGCGUGGGCCUCGAGCUCCCCGGUUCGUGCCACUGUCAACUUCCCCGAGUUCGCCGAAGACAUCGGAAACAUUAUCCGCGAGAAGGCGAGCGACCAGUGCUACAACCGCAUCUUCCAGGCAUUCCACACGGCACAGAACCUACUCGACGCCGGCGAGACGGAAAUGGUCUCGGAGAUGUUCAACACUUGCGACCCGGUGAACGUUGAGGACCCGCUAGAGGUGGAACUGUUCUUCUUUGCCAUGAUGGUCUCACUCGAAUUGGCCAUGGCGGAAGAUUUUGACAUUGAAAACAUUGGCCGUGUGUGCGACCGGCUUACCAGUGACGAGUUUGAUACCGGUUUGGAGGCCUUGUCCGCUUUCCUGCUCGAUCGUUACGCCGAGGAACGCGAGUGCUUCGAUCUGUCGUUCGAGAAUUUCGUCCGCUACCUGACGGAUGUCGAUAUCGAUAGUGUUGCGAAUACGGAGUUCGGUCUGCGACAGUCCACCUAUCAUGACUGCACCGAGUUCGGUCUCUUCCCCACCACCACGUCACCGGAUCAGCCCUUCGGAAACCGUGUCACGUACGACCUCUUCCUGGCCGAGUGCCAGGCGGCAUUCGGAGAAUUCAUCACCCAAGAUUUGGUCUAUGAGGCUGUCCGGCUGACGAACUUCCAUUACGGAGCGGACGAUCCUCGCACCACCAACGUGCUGUUCACCAAUGGUGCUCUGGAUCCUCUGCGCCAUGUCUCCAUCACCUCUUACCAGAACUUGCUGGCAAACGCUCGCGUUACCCCGAGGGAGUUCACCGGUGCGGAUAUUGUGUCUAUCAGUGACUCCGACUCCGAGGAGCUCCUACAGACCAAGCGUAUGGCCGAACAGUACAUCUCGACAUGGCUCGGAUCGCCGAUCAGUCCCUUCUGGAAGUAA